CUCUCCCGCGUCUCUAUGGUUGGCGAGGCAACCGGAAGGGGAAGAAGGGAAGGAGGCGGAGAGAGUACGGAGAGGGGCUGCUGCCGCCACCCGGACCGAGGCGAGAUGGCGGCCGCCCAGGUGGCGGCGGAGGCCGACAUGGUCGCGGAGGGCUCGGCGGCCGGGGAGCCGGAGCAGCCCAGGCCGAAGCCCAAGACCGAGCCGGCGGCGGCUGCGGCUGCGGCGGCAGCGGCGGCUGUGGAGGCCGAGGAAGUGGAAAGCGACUCCUUCCCGGAGGACUACGGGCUGAUGCGCCUCGACUCGCCCACCUACGUCCUGUACAGGGACAGACCAGAAUGGGCUGAUAUAGAGCCGGUGCCCCAGAAUGAUGGGCCAAAUCCAGUGGUCCAGAUAAUUUAUAGUGAAAAAUUUAGAGAUGUUUAUGAUUAUUUCCGGGCUGUUCUGCAACGUGAUGAAAGAAGUGAACGAGCUUUUAAAUUAACUGGAGAUGCUAUUGAGCUAAAUGCAGCUAAUUAUACUGUGUGGCAUUUUCGGAGAGUUCUCUUAAAGUCUCUACAAAAGGAUCUAAGUGAGGAAAUGAACUAUAUUACUGCAAUAAUUGAGGAACAGCCCAAAAACUACCAAGUCUGGCACCACAGGCGAGUAUUAGUGGAGUGGCUAAAGGAUCCGUCUCAGGAGCUUGAUUUUAUUGCUGAUAUUCUUAACCAGGAUGCAAAGAACUACCAUGCCUGGCAACAUCGACAGUGGGUCAUUCAGGAGUUCAAGCUUUGGGAUAAUGAGCUGCAAUAUGUAGACCAACUUCUCAAAGAAGAUGUGAGAAAUAACUCUGUCUGGAACCAAAGACACUUUGUAAUUUCUAACACUUCAGGCUACAAUGAUCCUGCUAUCCUGGAGAGAGAAGUCCAAUAUACUCUAGAAAUGAUAAAAACAGCACCACAUAAUGAAAGUGCAUGGAACUAUUUAAAAGGGAUUUUGCAAGAUCGUGGCCUUUCCAAGUAUCCCAAUCUAUUAGAGCAAUUGUUAGAUUUACAGCCAAGUCACAGUUCUCCCUACCUGAUUGCCUUCCUUGUGGAUAUAUAUGAAGAUAUGCUAGAAAACCAAUGUGACAACAAGGAAGAUACACUUAAUAAAGCAUUAGAGUUAUGUGAAAUUCUAGCUAAAGAAAAAGACACUAUAAGAAAGGAAUAUUGGAGAUAUAUUGGAAGAUCCCUUCAAAACAAACACAGCACAGAAGGAAGUUUGCCAACAGAUAAGCAGCAAUAACAGCAUUCAGAAGACACUAAUGGAAUAGUUUUAUUUUUAAAAGAAACUUGGAACAAGGAAGUGUGACAUGGCUUAAAACCAGAGGGAUCAUUUCCUUCUACCUGUGUGGGUGUGUGACAACAAGUGCAUUGCACAGGUAUUGCUUCCUAACAAGCACUAAGCAUAAUAAGUACUCUUUGGGCACUGCUGCUAUUCAAACUAACUCUAGAAGUAUUAAUUUGGCUGUCUUUUUAAAGUAAAAUAAUUCCUUAAAAUAACAAUCCCCAAAUGAAUUGUUGAAUAAUAAAUAUUUCCAUGUUUGUUUAUUUUUAAAGGCCCUAAACAGUCUGUUCUUUUCACCUAUUUCUUACCACUCAGCUCCUUCCUAAAUAAUAUAUAUGAAUUCAGACUUGCAGCGGUAACAAUUGCAGAUAACUUGUAUAUUGUGGAGGUAACAUAGACUAUAAGCAAGGAACACAAUUGCUGCAAUACAUUAGAGCUGUUACAGAAGCUGCACUGGUAAUAUCCUGCUAUUGCUUUCACUGACUAAAUGACAAAGUGAUUUUGUAAUAAAACUGUAGAUACACCUAAAA